UUGAAAAUAUGUAAACAUAUGGAAGUUAGGUCUUGUGAUUGUCUGUACCCAGCGAGCUUCCAAUACUCAUAUCCAUCAAAAUAUUUAGCUACGUGCAUAACAUUUAGACUAUUUUCGACACGGAGAGACAAUCUAGUCUGAAAAAGUGUGAUGAAAGGCAUGUCUCCUUGGAUUGUAUGUGUUUCGAAGACAUGAAUAUGAUGCGUACAUGCAAUGAAAUUAUUCCAGCUACCACCUGCAUGUUACCAGACUGUGCGAAUGUUGCUUGCUGGAAUUCCUGACAUAAAUUCAAAAUGGUCAUAUCAGUUGUCAUAAACAAUGAACAGCAAACAGAAAACCCUGUUUCAAAGCUGGGGUAACAAACAAUCUUCUCAGAAGCAUACCUCAGAUACAAAAACAUCCUUGCAACCUUCUGUUGUUGAUGAUCAGGUGAUUGACCUGUGUGAUGAGGAUCUGAAUGAAGAUGAUGCCCUGCUUGUUCAGGCUUUGGAUGAAAGCAUAAAGACUGCAAACAUAAAUGGUUCUACCUACAGUGAAUAUGGUAAAAAUCCCAGAAACUCAGAGUGUCCCCAGAGUAGCAUUCCUUUCACAAAGGUGACUACUUCAGUCAGAUCAUCAUCAUCAUCCAGUUUGUUUAACACAUAUCACAACACUUCAGUAGUGCAAGGCAACAAUGAAUCACUUGAAGAGGGAAACUUGUCUGUUGGAGCAGACAAAAUUGCUGUGCAUGUUCCCCCCACCAGCUCUGUGUCACUGUCACACAUACCAGACUUGCCAGGGUUUGACAAGCAGGCUGGCCAGCUGUGGAUCUACCCAACCAACUACCCAGUCCGAGACUAUCAGUUCAACAUUGUACAGCAGUGUCUGUACAAUAAUACUAUGGUCACCCUGCCAACAGGCCUGGGGAAGACCUUCAUAGCUGCUGUGGUCAUGUACAACUAUUACCGAUGGUAUCCACAAUGCAAGGUGGUUUUCAUGGCCCCAACCAAGCCCCUGGUAGCUCAACAGAUCCAUGCCUGCUAUAACAUUAUGGGGAUACCCCAGCGGGACACUGCAGAGAUGACAGGCAACAUGAACCCAACGGAGAGGCAGAGGACCUGGAAGGAGAAGCGUGUGUUCUUUCUUACCCCCCAAGUGAUAACCAAUGACCUGAGUAGGGGCACCUGCCCUGCUGACACUGUUAAGUGUCUAGUUAUUGAUGAGGCACACAAGGCACUUGGAAACCAUGCUUAUUGUCAGGUUGUGAGGGAACUGGUGAAAUAUACACAGCAGUUUCGAAUUGUAGCUCUCAGUGCUACCCCUGGAAGUGAUAUCAAGGCUGUGCAACAAGUCAUUACCAACCUACUGAUAUCACACAUUGAACUGAGGACAGAGGAGUGUAUUGACAUCAAACCAUACACUCAUGAGAGGAAGGUAGAGAAGAUUGUGGUAGCACUUGGAGAAGAACUAUUGAUGAUACAGAAGAAGUAUGUGCAGGUGAUGAGUAUAGUAGUCCAGCGUUUGAUCCAUCAUCGAGUUCUCUACAGCCAGCGAGAGGUGACAAGUCUCUCCAAGUUCCUCAUAUUGAAAGCAAGGGAGGCAUUUCGACAAAACCCUCCUCCAAGUAUGCCUAGCCAUCAGUAUGGUGUGGUUGAGGGUGACUUUGCCUUGGCUCUCAGCCUCUACCAUGGCUAUGAACUGCUGCAACUGCAUGGCCUCCGGUCGCUCUACAACUUCCUGGAGGGAGUCAUCAACAGGGAUAAAGGUUAUGGUCGGACCAAGACAGAGCUCAUGAAGAAUGGGAACUUCCUUGAAAUCAUGGACCUCCUGAAAACAAAGUAUACAAUGGAUGACAGUUCAUGGAGCUGUUCCCAGAAGCAGGCCAGCUUGGUCUCAGGUCAUCCCAAGAUGAAGAAGCUGGAGCAAGUCACCCUGGAACACUUCAACACAUCACACCAGGCCACUCGCGUGAUGAUCUUCUCCCAGUACCGUGACAGCGUUCAGGAAAUCACAGACAUGUUGAACCUUCACAGACCAAUGGUAAUGGCCAUGAGCUUCAUAGGUCAGUCAUCUACAGGGAAAGCAACCAAGGGAUUCACUCAGAAAGAACAGCUUAAGGUAAUGAAAGAAUUUCGAGAAGGUGGGUACAACACUUUAGUGUCAACAUGUGUCGGUGAAGAAGGCCUUGACAUUGGUGAUGUGGAUCUGAUUAUCUGCUUUGAUGCACACAAGUCUCCAAUCCGCCUGGUGCAGAGAAUGGGGCGCACAGGGAGGAAGAGGCAAGGCCGCAUAGUCAUGCUGGUCACUGCUGGCAAAGAGGAACAGAUUUACAACCAGAGCCAGUACUCUAAGCGUAGUAUUCACAAAGCCAUUCUAAAUGGGGCACGUUCUUUGCAUCUAUACCCAAAUAAUCCCCGAAUGGUGCCCGAUGGCCUCAGUCCAGCAUGUCACAAGAUGUUCAUCACUGUCAAGGAUGCUGCCAGCCUGAGCAGAGUCACCAAGGACCCAGGAGGCGCCAAGCAGAGGAGACUCCUGACAAGCAAGACUGGCACACGGCGGAAGUUGUUACCCAAGAGUGAGGAAGCCACGAUAACACAAGAGGAAUACAAUGAACUGAAGACGUUUCUGGUGUCCAAUGUCAAGUGUCCCCCACCACAACCCUCCCUCAUCUAUCUGGGCAGCCAGGAAUCAGAAGAAGAGAAUACAUUAUCCCUGACUGAAUGGAUGCUAUGGCAAAACCGGCUGCAGGACACACAACUUGUUGAUCACUCACAGCGCAGUCAGCAUCUGGUGGAGUUGGUCGAGUUUCUCCAACUUCAGGAAACUUUGCCUGAAAAUGAGGACCACUAUGGUGUAGAGAUGGAGAUGUAUCUGAAGCUUGAGGAUGUGUUGCAGCCAGGGGAGAAGGAUAACUCGGAACACAACGGGGGCAUCCUCAGGUUCUCUACCACAAGUGAACGUGGAAAGCUCCCCACAAGAGGGAAGCAAUCAGGACUGACUGCCAUGAUGACUGUCCAGAGAAGGAAGACUGUGAGGAGGUCUGAGAUGCUGCCGGUCAUUGAGGACUGGCGAGGGGAGAAGGAGGAUAGUGAAGGCGAGCUACCAGAGUUUCAUACCAGUGGCUUUGUACGGGGAGUAGACAAGCAACAACAGCAUGUUAUCAGUAGUAUUUCUCCACAACACACUGAAGCAAACAGCGACAAAAAUAAAUCCCAUAAAGAUAAAAUGAAGCAAGAUCUAAACAUUCUGCACACAAAGAGGGAAAUUAGCUUAAUCAAACCUAUCACAAUAGAUGAUAGUGAUUUUGAAGAAGAUGCUCCAUUUGCAGUGAUAGACAUGAAACAAGAAGAAGAUUCCUUAGAUUGUGAUGAGUGGAAUAUGGAUUUAAGUCUUGGUCAAGAGAAGGGAAAAAUGUGUAUUGCUCGUACAGAAUGUUUUGAUGUUACAGAUCAUCAAGUCAAUUCCACAAUGUUACACAAACAUACUGAUGUGAUUUCUCAGGGUAGCGUGCCCACUUGCCCUUUACAGCUAGGAACAUUCAUGAUCAGACCAGCUCCGCCUUUGCAGGAGGUUGAUAUGGUAUUCAGUGAUCUUAGAAAUGAAGCUGAGUUACCUCCCUUAGAUCUUAAGCCACUUGUUCGCGAGUGGUAUGAGGAAAAUUUUGGACCAGCAGGGCGUGUUUUUGUGAGUACCUGGGAGAAGCAACAUCAAGUUUCAGUUGGGACAGAUCUGGAAGUUUGUGAUAGUACUGCACUGUGCAGCAAUCUGAGUGCUACCACAGGUGACAAGACGAAUGUGUUACUGUCUGAUGAUCAAAGGGGGAGGACAUACUCUCAAUACGCAGAUGGUCACUGCAGGUAUCAGUGACCAGUCCAGU